GCAAAAACAAGUUUCACAUUUUAAAAUUUACCAUUUUUUCCAUCUCUUUAUGGUUGACUGAUUCAUUUAAAGAAAACCCUUUUUGGCACUGUGUGUCCCAUCCCAGGAAAGAGUUUUGUUCUAAAGAUGGGUUUAGAAUCUUGUGAUUCAGCUGACAACAUCAACAACCCUUUGUUACUCAAUCAAAUCCAAUCUCAUCCUAUCAAAAGAACAGGGACUGUAUGGACAGCAGUUGCACACAUAGUGACAGGGGUGAUAGGAUCAGGAGUGUUAUCUUUGCCAUGGAGUAUUGCACAACUUGGAUGGAUUGUAGGACCAUUCUCUAUACUCCUUAUUGCUUCUUCAACUCUUUACUCAGCUUUUCUUCUAUGCAACACUUAUAGAUCUCCAAAUCCUGAAUAUGGUCCUCACAGAAGUGCUUCUUAUCUUGAUGUUGUCAAUUUUAAUUUAGGAGUAGGGAAUGGAAGACUAUGUGGCCUUCUUGUGAAUAUAUGUAUAUAUGGUUUUGGAAUUGCCUUUGUCAUUACAACAUCUAUCAGCUUAAGAGCAAUCCAAAACUCAUUUUCUCGACACAACAAAGAGAAUGAAACAGUGAGCGAAUUUGCAGAUGCAUAUUAUAUGCUGAUAUUUGGAAUUGUCCAAAUUGUUCUCUCACAGAUACCAAACUUACAUAACAUCAAUUGGUUAUCUGUUGUCGCUGCAAUUACAUCAUUUGCUUAUUGUUUCAUAGGAAUGGGACUUUCCAUCAUGCAAAUCAUGGAAAAUGGAUAUGCUAAGGGUAGUAUUGAUGGAAUCAGUACCUCUAGUGGAACUCAGAAGUUGUGGUUGGUUUCCCAAGCACUCGGUGACGUGUCGUUCUCCUAUCCUUUCUCGACAAUUAUGAUGGAAAUACAGGAUACUUUGAAGACGCCUCCACCAGAAAACCAAACAAUGAAAAAGGCCUCAGUAAUAUCAGUAUCUAUCACAACAUUCUUUUACCUAUGUUGUGGAUGUGCUGGAUAUGCUGCAUUUGGCGAUAAUACACCAGGAAACCUUUUAACAGGAUUCGGAUCCUCCAAGUAUUAUUGGCUUGUCGACUUUACUCAUGUUUGUAUAGUGGUUCACCUAGUUGGUUCAUAUCAGGUAUACAGCCAACCACUUUUUGGCAAUGCCGAGAAUUGGUUCCGUUUAAAUUACUCAGACAGUGAAUUUGUGAAUCACACAUAUACCUUGAAACUCCCUUUGCUACCAGCUUUUGAACUAAGUUUUCUCAGGCUGUCAUUGAGAACUGCGUAUGUUGUAUCAACUGUUGUGAUUGCAAUGAUCUUUCCAUACUUCAACCAGAUUUUGGGAGUUUUAGGAAGCAUAAGCUUUUGGCCAUUAACCAUAUAUUUUCCAGUGGAAAUAUACUUGAGUAGGUCCAAUACUGAUGCAUGGACGGCUAAGUGGAUUAUGCUUCAAACUUUCAACAUUGUUGGAUUUGUAUUUGGAUUAUUCACUCUUGUAGGAUGCAUUAGAGGAAUAGUAACUGAAAAAAUAGGCUAAGAAGUCUUAAGAGUCAAGACCAACUUUAAAAAUUCAGAUUCGCAAGGAAUGCGGCCUAUUCUAUACUUAUGGCUGUAAAGACGUGAUUCUGUCGCAGCAGAUUAAAAUCGUACUUUGACGCUAUUUUUUUGAGAAACUUGUGAGUUUCUUAUACAAUACUGAUAUAGGUAACUAUUAAGAUGUAAGUUGUUCCCAUGGAAUUACAGUGUGUGCAGGUCAGGUUUUUUGAAGUUGGACCUGUGGAAGGAAUAUACCACUGGAAUAAAUGAAAUUAUCACUUCUUGGACAAAAUUUCAUAUGUUUGAUUUUUGUUUGUUGUCUUAAUAUUUGAUUAUGCCAAAUAACAAUAUUAAUUAUAUUAAUUUUGGAGAGUAUAUUUGGCACUA